UUUCAGGCAGAUACAUCCAUUACACUGGCAUGCCACAUACAUGUCAUAUAUAGAAGGAAAUCUCCAGGCAUUGCACUGAUGAUAAAAGUUCAUGGUGGGUUCUGAAUGUUCAAUGGGGGCGUUUGUCAAACAAAUGUGGGACAUGAAUGGAUGUGUGAUUCACAUGGCAGUGCUUUUCCUGUCAGUGAGCAAUUCCAAGUAUCUGUCAGUGCCUGCUCAGUGCUUGCUCCUGAGCACACAAAGUCAGCCAGGGGAAUUCCCAGCAAAGCCACCACCGGAUGCCUGAUCAACCAGAAGCAACUAAACCCUCACAAGAGUUGAACCGAGCUCAAGUAAUGAAUGCGCAUUGUCCGCUCAAGAAGGAAGAAAAGAGCAAAAGGCCCUGGCUCCGCAAGAACAGAGAGGGUGACAUACACUGCUUCACCCCGAGUAAAUCAAGAUGAUCACAUCAUCCAACCCCUACAAUAAAAACUGAUUCCUGCUUGACCUUGUGACAACCUACUUCUCUUCAAUUUUAACUUUAGACGAAUCCCGCCAAAUCCUACCGCAUAGACGAAUCCCGCCAAAUCCUACCGCAAAGGCAGCUAAAGAAUGGGGUGUGGAUGUGCCAUACUGGGAGAGGAUACGCAUCACACGUGCCAAGCCUGGGACACUUAUUCUGCUGUCGACUGCAAAAUUUAUACGGUGGCAAGGAAACCCUUGGGGGGAUUAUGACGGAGGCCCUACUACUACUGGGGGCAUCAGACAACCUUACAAUCAAUUAUUCCUUCGAUGAUAACCAAAUUUGUGCCGCGAAUGUCGGCACAAACCUCUGCACAGACUUCCUGACAGGCCUCUCAGUGGGUUCUUCUCAUGAACACAUGCAAUGUGCCCUGCGUCUCGCGCAUGCACAGUGCAUGUGAAUCCACCCAAGUCACCUGCCUGGAAAGGCGCUAAUGCCCCAAUCUCUAAUGCUACACACAAAGCUUGCGUGCCUUGCGCAAGCCCCAAUACACACUGCCGAGAUCAGGAGAAGCCCCCAUCGCCUCUCCAUCCUACCCUCCAAUCCCCCUCUAGCGAUCUGGGACCCAGCUAUUUCUGCCCUGCGCAAAGGCAGGGCCUCAAAAGAAGGCGCGCACUUCGUUGAUCCGUCUAGCGGUGGGUGGGUGUGUGCCGCCUGUGGCUAUGUCACUGUGGGGGUGAUCUCGUGGCUUUGCAGCUUUUCAAUGUCUUGGUCCAC